UUAAUCAUGAUCGAGCUCGGUUUGGCACGAGUGUUUCGCCUGUUGGCACGUACGCCUCUACCAUGGCGAGCACUGCAUGUGGCAGGAACAAAUGGAAAAGGAUCAAUAUGUGCCUACAUCUCCGCCAUGCUUGCGGCGUACAACUCUUCCCAACUACGAAUUGACUCUGGCAAACCUCCGAUCAGGCAUGGUCGAUUUACCUCACCACACCUCAUAGACCGCUGGGACUGCAUUACCAUUGACGACAACACGAUCUCGGAAGCCAUCUUUAGACAGGUCGAAGCAAAGGUUCUGGCACGCAAUCUGGCCGAAAACAUCCAGGCAACAGAAUUUGAAUUGCUUACAGCCACUGCUUUCGAGAUUUUCACACUAGAAAGUGUGGAUAUCGGAGUUAUCGAAGUUGGCAUGGGUGGCCGUCUCGACUCUACCAACAUCUUGGGUCAGACCUCCGAACCAAAGCCAUUGGUGACAGCCAUCUCUACCAUCGCAUUAGAUCAUCAAGGCUUCCUCGGCAACACGUUGCUCGAGAUAGCCACCCAGAAGGCCGGUAUAAUGAAGCCAGGAGUACCGCUUGUUCUGGCCAUGAACGAUGAAUCCGUGACCGAGCACAUUCUGCAACUGGCAUCCAAAGCAGGCGUAACACAAAUCUUGCACGCAAAAGACACCGCUGGCUUUGACGUUACACGUGCUUCCAGCACGACCGAUGCAACACAUGCUCGUCAACAAAAUGGCGCCAUGGCGUUCACAAUCACCUGGCUAGCAUUGAAGCAACUGAAUCGUCUUCCUGCUCCACCUACCACUCAAGCAGCUUGCGGCGUCGUCUGGCCUGGUCGUUUACAAGACAUCGAGCUGGGCACUCUUACCAACUACACACCCACAGCUCUCCUAGAUGGCGCUCAUAAUGUCGAAUCAGCCACCGUACUCGCGAACACAGCACACACACGUGCUGGCAGCCGACCAGUUGUCUGGGUUCUUGCUGCCUCGAGGGGGAAAGAUCUGGCUUCCAUGUUUGAGCUCCUGCUCGCAGGAAGAUCUGGAGAUGAUGUCGUAGCAACCGAAUUUGGAGCUGUUGACGGGAUGCCAUGGAUCACGGCCACAUCAGCGGAGGAUGUCAAGACAGCUGCUGCGGAUAUCUUGCCCGGAGAGAGUGUGAUUGUAGAGAGGGACGUCAUCGCUGCUCUGAAGCAGGCGUCUGUACUGGCUGAGCAGAAGGACGCUCUGCUCGUGAUAGCUGGAAGUCUGUAUCUUGUAGGCGAUGUUCUGCGCUUGGUGCGCGAUGCAGGUUCCAAAUACUACACAUGUUGA